AUGGCAAUGGAUUGCCUCGGAGAAAUUUUUAAAUGUUUUCCGGGUGAUAAUAACACAUUAUUCCAAUGUAUGUUGGUAAAUAAAAUGUGGUGUGCAAGUGCAGUGGCCACCUUAUGGAGGGAUCCUUUUGCGAUGUUAAUAGCGAAAACGGAAUCAUCAAGCCUCUAUAAUGAUAAUGCUUUAACCGACCAAGAAACUAGAGCACAAGCAUCGAGAUUUCUGACCGUUUUUCUUGAAAAGUUGUCAGAAGAAUCCCGUUCAUUAUUAAUUCGCAAUGGAAUAAAGUUACCGAAAAUCUCAACAAAGAAACCAAUGUUUGAAUAUUUAGAAUUCAUUAGUACAUUUGAUAUAGUUAGAUUUAGUCUAACGGUAUCAUAUUGGAUAUUUUGUGGAGGAAAACGUGGACGUAAAACAAGGUUUCAAUGUUUCCUCGUAGAACAAGAAAUUUAUAAAGUGGUUGUCAAUAGAUGCCCUCAUAUCAUCAAGUUUCGUUGCGUGGAAGACUUUUUUGAAUGUGACUCUGAUUUAUUACCCGUAUUUAAUUUCACUUAUUUACUUUCUUCAUCUAAUCAAAUGUUUUCAAAUAUUCGAGAAUUUGAAUGUUCGGCAGGAUUUACAACCGAUCAAAUUUAUUUCGUAUUAUCACAAUUAAUAACCAAAUUAGACACACUUAAAAUCAGUUCAGCGCCAGACUAUUUUGAUGAUGAUUUUUAUGGAUUAACAGAAUUUAUAAAAGCACAACAAUCUUUACGUAAUAUAGAAUUUAUUUGUCAUAAUAAAGAAUUUGAUGACUUACAAUAUAGAAAUAAAGAAAUUGGUAAGGCUUUAGAGAAACAAGCUAAAUCUUUGAUUAGGUUGAGAAUUCAUGGAUAUCAAGGUGUUCCAUUCGAAACGUUUUGUUAUUUUGAGAAUUUAAGAGAAAUGUCGUUAUACUUUUUUGAUGACAUGCCGCAAGAAACGGAAGAUAAACUAGUAAGGAUGAAGUUUAAAAAGCUGCAUAAAUUUUACGUUAAAGCAGCCUCAUUAGAUUUCAGCAAGAUUGCUAAAUUUAUUAGACAGAAUGGUAAAAACUUGGUCGACGUUAAAAUAGAAGUAGAUAGUAGUUUGGAUAAUGAACAAUCAGGGUUAAUAUUAGACGCGGUGGCAUAUAGCUGUCCGAAUAUAAUUACAUUUCACGGAACAAUCGACCCUAUAAAUGUUGAAUCACAAUUACGUUUUUUCUGCAAGCAAUGUAGAAAAUUAAAUAACCUUGGACUUAAUUUAGUCGAAGAUAAAUUUGACGCGUGUGAUAUUUAUGACAUUUUAAAUGUACUUGGAGAAUGCGCUCCUCGCAGCAUAUUUAAUUUCAUAUUUGAAGGGGAUUGGGAUUAUUUGAAAUGUACUUUGGAAGCUUUUUUGAAACAACGACAAUCGAUCGCACCUUUUAGAGUCAUCUAUAUUGGGUAUAUAGAUAUAGGCGGAAUGCGAAAAAGUAAAGGGGAUAUUUUUGAAAGUGAGAAUUAUAAUUCUGAUUAUGAUGAUUCCGAUUAUUCGGAUUCUCAAUUUGGUAGUACUACACAUUUUGGUGAUAUGGAUUUUAUUAACUGUGGGGAUUCAAAUGGGGAUUCAUUUGAUGAUGACUAUGAUUUUGGGAUGAAUUCUCUCACUAAAUAUUUCGAAGAAGGAAUAUUGGAAAUUCGUUCUCCUAUACAUGGCGAUUUCAAAUUUUGA